AUGUCGGCCUACACUCCCCUUCCAGGCCCAUCCAGCCCGCCGCGUCACAUCGAUACCCACGCAAUUAGGCUGGACGACUCCCCUCCCCGUCCCCCACGCCGGUCGCUCGAAUCGGACUCGGACGAAUCGGACAUCAUCUAUCGGGACGCGCUGGACGUGGAGCCUUUCGAUGAGAAGGAUAGACGGUUCAAGGAUGAGGGCAUGAUGGAGAGCGGGACGGGAGAGGAUGGGGAUGGUGAGGGGCAGGGUUAUGUGACCGAGCCAAGAAGGCUACGGCCACGGAAGAGGUCAAAGAGGGUUCUGGCUGCCCUGAUCGGUAUACUGGUGCUUGCCGGUCUCAUUGGAGCGUUUGCGGGCACCGUGUACUCGGUGCCGACGCAUCUGGUCAAGUCUGGGACGAAGCACAUUACAAUGGACCACAUCUUUAAUGGAACAUUUGAGGUCACCACCAAGACUCUGAACUGGGUCAAGGAGGCACCGGAUGGCACCUUCUCCCGCCUAUCCGACGAGCGCAACAUCAUCCUCUCCACCGUGUCCAACAUGACUCACUCCUCCCUCCUCGUCAACUCCUCCCACGUCCUCGACGCUCAAGGCCACCAGCUCGACUGGCAAACCUGGCGUCUCUCCCCCGAUGGCAAAUACGUCCUGUUCCGCUCCAACUCGGUCCAGCAAUGGCGUCACUCGACGCGCGGCAACUACUGGAUCCACCGACUCUCCGACGCGUCCACCUUCCCCAUCACCGCUCCGUCCGAACCACCACAGAUCGCGUUUGCUUCGUGGUCGCCGGUCGGGCACGCUUUGGCCUUCGUGCAGUCCAACGACCUGUACAUCAUCCCAGAGAAGGAGAUGAGUGGAAAGGAACCGCGCGCGGUAAGAGUCACGACGGACGGGAGCGAGACGGUCUUUAACGGCGUUCCCGACUGGGUGUACGAGGAGGAAGUGUACGGGACAGACUCGGUCUUGUGGUGGUCCCCCGAUGGCCAGACGGUCGCUUACCUCCGAAGCGACGAGACGGAGGUCAAGAAUUAUAGGCUGCAGUACUAUAAUCCAACCGGAGAUGCCUUCAGCGUUCAUCAGUACCCUACGGAGCUCGACAUGAAAUACCCCAAGCCUGGCACGCCGAACCCACUUGUAUCAGUCCACACCUUCUCCCUCGCCACCUAUGCCGAGACAGGCUCCCUUCCUCGUGCGAAACAAGAGCUCUCUUGGGACGCCGCCCUUCCACUAGCAGACCGCAUCAUCGCCGAAGUCGCAUGGGUAGGAGGCGACGCGCUGCUCGUCAAGGAGACAGACAGGGCAGCCAGGAGGGGUAGCGUGGUGGUCUUCCAGGGAUCGGAGAAGGGGAAGGUGGUGCGGAAGCUGGGAUCCGAAGGUGAAGAAGGAGACGAUGGCUGGAUCGAUGCGGGACAAAAUGUCAGGCCGAUACAUAGUGGGAUCUCGGGAUACCUCGACAUUGUACCCAAAGAUGGGUAUAACGCGCUAGCAUUCUUCAGCCCUGUUAACGCGACCAAGCCAAUAUGGAUCGACAUGGGGGACAAGGGGGAGGUCGCGCAGAUAUCAGGUGUGGACGAGGAUCAAGGCUUGAUUUAUUUCGUCGCAGCUCAACCCUCGAUCGAUCGGCAUCUCUUCUCCGUGGCCAUCCCCCGCGCCGUGGACGGGAUCGGCUAUGACUCGUCCCGCACGGCUCUGACUGAUGUUUCUGCUGGCGGGUACCAUGAAGUUUCGUUCUCUCCCGGCGGACGAUACUACGUUCUGCAGUACAAGGGCCCGGACGUGCCCUGGCAGAAGGUCAUCGAGGCCGGCGAGAAAGGAGUAGGUUCUGCGCAGCUAUUGGAGGGGAACGAGAAGUUAAACCAUACGCUUAGCGAGUAUGCGAGACCAAUCAUCAGCCGAACUACGCUCGAGAGCGACGGACAUACUCUGAACAUGCUCGAAAUGAUGCCGUCCACCCUGGAUACCAGCGGCCGGAAGAAGUACCCGGUACUGAUCCGAGUGUAUGGCGGCCCCGGCUCUCAGACCGUUUCCAAUAAGUGGGAGCGCGAUUGGCACACAUACCUCGUCACCGAAAAGAAGUAUAUCGUCAUCAUGGUCGACGGGCGCGGGACUGGCUUUGCCGGACGCAAGUUGCGAAAUCCGGUCAGGGACGAUUUGGGGCAUUGGGAGGUUGUGGAUCAGAUUGCGGCGGCUCGGGAUGCGGCGAAGCGAGUUUAUGUGGAUACUUCCCGGAUCGGAAUCUGGGGAUGGAGCUACGGUGGCUACAUGACCUGCAAAACCCUCGAGGCCGACUCUGGCGUCAUCUCCCUCGGAAUGGCCGUCGCUCCUGUUACGAAUUGGCUCUACUACGAUUCCAUCUAUACCGAACGAUACAUGUCUGUCCCUGCUCUCAACGAACAGGGAUACGUGCAGUCAGCAGUCAACAACGUCUCGGCGUUCGGCAAGGUCGACUUUAUACUGGCGCAUGGGAGCGGGGACGAUAAUGUUCAUUAUUUGAACUCGGCGAGUUUGGUGGAUAAGUUUACGCAGGAACAUGUGCGGGGAUGGAGGUUUAGGAUGUUUACGGAUUCGAACCACGGGAUGAACAAACGCGAGGCGUUUAGAGAGGUGUAUGAGUGGAUGACGGACUUUUUGGAUGAGAAAUGGGGGCGAGGGGGAACGAUCAAGCACUAG